AUGGCGACAACCUCGACUAGCACCGCUGCUAGUCCCAGGUCGAGGCGGCACGAGGUCGAGAUCUACGCACAUGCGCUUCGCACUCGUCUGCAGUUUGCCUCGUUCAAGGCGUUGAACGGGGUUGGCAAGACAUCGCUCUCGGACCUCACAUUGACACCGACAACCACAAUUCAGCCGCUCACCCCCAGUUUCGCCUCUAACAACCAGCCUGCGGAUAACUCGCUGGCUACCACACCCGCUCUGUCGCAGGGAGAGUCGCUGCUGAGUUCCUCUCAGUCUUCAACGCGCUCCACUCGCUCCAUCUACCUUGACAUUUUUGGAUCUGACUUUCGCCCAAGCUCUUCCGCCACCAGCACUCCUUCGUCCUCAACGAGCUUGUCUCGAGCAACGUCGUUUGCUUCCACAUCGACCCCAUCUAAGCGUCCUGCCACCAACUCAUCCACGUCCACUAGGUCACUGCUCGACAAGGCUGCCUCGUCACCUCAGCUCGGCUCACCGGAGAGAAAGAAUGGCCGCUUCGACUGGCACAACAACCCUACCCCUGCUAUGGUCGCACACGAAAACAAGCUCGCUGCUCAAGAAGACUUCGCUCUCCCGACCGGCUCGCCGUCCAAGCGACGCAGAGAGGCGAGUCAGAAUGCUGCUUCCGGCGCACACAACCCUCUUCUCAAUACCCCUCGCAGGUCAAGGAUGCAGAGCGGCGGGUUCCUUCCCAACGGUCACCCAGCGUCGUCGCUCGCCCAGGAUCUGGGGUUGACAGCCCCACGCACGCCUCGCUCACGCCACACCUCGGGGCGACACGUCUUUGCGCUCCAGCCUCAGACAUUUGGUGCGGAUCAGCAGGAUCAGGCGGAACGCGACCGGGUCGCAAGCACGCUGGCUGCGUUGGCUGAGGCGAGGAAUGCAAGCAGUGGGUCGGAUUCGAGUUCGAGCAGCGAUCGCCCACAUACCCCACCGCCGCCGACGUCCUCGCAGUCAGCAGCAGGGUUGGCGCAUGGCUUCUCCAGUCCCUCGAUCCGAAGCAACAGCACGGCGUUCGCUCACCCACCCGGUCACAGUGUCAAGAGGCAUAAGCGCAAUGUCUCGUGGAACCUCGUGCCUUCGACUGUAUCCACUCAUGACGUGCAGGCGGAGGAAGAGGAGGAGGUGAGCAAAGACGAAGAGGUGCAACGAGCAGAAGAUGCGGGGGAGGACCGAGCGGCAGCAGACUACCUCUUAUUCUUGGCCUCUUCGCCCUCGCCGUCGACGUCGAUCAAGCGGUUCAGUGGAGAUACAGACGCGGUGGGCACGAAUGGGAUCCUCUCAACGCCCGCACAGACCUCGCUUUGGGAUCCGUUCCACCAUCAUACCGUCAGUAGCAACGGCAGCAGCAGCGGCGGCUUCCGUCGAAGUCGAAUGCAAAGCGGUCUUGGCUGGCCGCGACACACGAAUCUGUCCUCGUCGACGGGAGCGACGCCACUCACACCGCCUCCCUCAGCACGCAAGCCCGUCAAAGAUACUUCUUCCACCAACCCCACGGCCGAAAAAAGCGGAGGAGGAGGGCAGGAAGAAGCGAUGGUCGGGCUCGGCUUCGACGCGCACACGCUGUCCUCCGCCACGUCUUCACCGCAGUCUUCGGUGCACCAGCCCGCGGCAAACGCACAAGAGUACAUGCGCCGUCGGGCGUCCACUGCGUCGCUGCGAUCCGGGUCCCCCCCGCGCACGCCUCCGCCCUCCUGCGCCACGCCGCUCUUCGGGCAGCGCGCGAGGGAGGACGCGGAGCGUUCCUUCGAGGGCUACGGUGUUACGACGCCGCCAAACGCUCCCGGGGCCCCCGGGGGCGAUACGACGUUUAGCUAUGCUGACUUUGUCAAUGUGUCGCCGUCGCCGCAGCCGCCGUCGACGGGGCGGUUUGCGGGGGCAGGUGGAGCCGGGCUGUUGGGUCACUAUGCCGCCGCGAAUAGUAAGACGCCGACUCGGACGAACCGGUUCAGAUUCGAUCCUAGGCCGAUGUAG